AUGCAAUUGGCGAUCCUCCUGCCUAAGUACAGUGAUUUGCUGCUUUCAGAGACAUUAAAGAUAGGCUCUAUCCUAUCACUGACAGCUUAUGCUUGUAGAAAUAUUUGGAACUCAAGGACUAUAGUAAUAUUCAGCCUUGUCGUCAAAUUUACAAAUUCUCCAUUGCUUGGAAAACCUAGAUAUCUGUUUAAAGAGCAAGAACAACAAAUGUUGGGUCGGGACACACCUGCCACAACCAAACGUUCCCUUAAAUUUGGAAUACACCUCCCACCUGUGCAGUGCGAAUCUUCUGUUAAUAUCAGCCCGAUUAAAGCCUUGAACCCCUAUCAAAAUAAUUGGAUGAUUAAGGGGCGUGUGACAAACAAGAGGAAGAUGCAUCAAUAUAGUACACCAAAGUCCACUGGCCAAGUGUUUAAUUUUGACAUGAUAGAUGAUGAAGGCACUGAAAUUAGAAUAACUUGCUUUGGCGAUGUAGCAGAGAUGCAUUAUCAUAGGGUUGAAGCAGGAACAUAUUAUACUGUAUCAAAAGGUUGCAUUAAAGAAGCUAACACAAAAUGGAACAAGCUUAACAGUCAUCUUGAGAUAACUUUGGACAACAAUUCGGUAUUGAAGCGUUGUGAUGCUGUUGUUGAUAGCCAAGGAAAUAAUUCGCGUUUCACACCGAUUAAUGAAAUUACAUACUGCACCAACAACAUUUUAGUUGAUGUUAUUGGUAUUGUAGUUGUUGUUGGAGAACCCUCAUUAAUUCGCAGAAAAGAUGGCAGCGAAGUAACAUAG